AUGGGAGAGCCGUGGAGUUUCAAUAAAUACUUAGUUGCACUAAAGAGGGUGGAGAGGAGCUCAGACGUGAAGAACCUAGUUUUCGAUAGGACAGACUUUUGGAUACAACUUCAUGACCUCCCUAUUGGCUGUCUGAAUGUGAGAGUGGCCAAGGAUGUAAUUUGGAUUGCGGGGGUGGUUGUGGGGAUGGAUGCUGGUAGUGAUGAGUAUGAAGAAAGCUAUUUAAUGAGAGUAAGGGUGGGUAUUGACGUCAUAAAACUUCUUUGCAAAGGUAGGAAGAUUGUGUUGCGGAGUGGUGAGGAGAAUUGGGUCAAUUUCAAGUAUAAGCGAUUGCCUAGUGUUUGUUAUUGGUGUGGUCGUCUCACCCACCAUGACAAGGAUUGUCUCGAUGGUUUGAGAAGAAGGGGCAGCUAA